CAAUGACGCAUACCGUUGAAACAAAAUAUACUUCCUGUCAUAUUAAAAUGUCUUAACCCCUUUUUUAAGUUGGGUAGUUAACCGGAUCAGAUUGAUAAGAUACGGUAGAAAUAUGUGCACCAAUUAUGUUAAAUGUAUUAGCAAUAUGAGAAAUUGUUUUUACAUGCUAUCCAAUAUUGGUUGUAUGUGACAACAAUUGAGCUCAUAUAGGUCCAUGAGUGAUUGUAUUACAUUUAUUUACGGAAAAUAGCCUUUUCUUAAUGAGAGGAAUACUCAUAAGAAAUUGUGGAACUUGGAGAUUUUCUAUUAUGGAUCCUUCAACCUCGUCAAUUGGAUGAACUUCUUUUCAAAAUAAUUCGAUCCUAAAACGAUGAAGUCUACAAAUCUUGUAUGUCUACACUAGAUUAUAACCCCGUCAAUGCAAAGUUGGACAAAUAUGAAAAAAUAUAAUUCAUGCAACUCAAAAGUACAAUCUUACACAAUAUUUUUUUUUUUUUUUUUUAGGAAUCACUAAAGAUGUGUGAUUUAGCAAGAGUACUAGUGAAAAAAAUAGCUUUGGCAAAGAGUAGAUACCAUAACGGGCCGCCACAUGACAGAAAGGCAAACUCUAAACCAACAGAGGACGGCAGCUAGGCCCAUUCUGUGCUCUAGUGGGCUUUGAGUUUCGGCCUUGGGCCCACUUGCAGCUUUCGAACUAUUUCGAAGGAACUUCUCCUCCUCCCAUUUCUUUAUUUUAUUAUUUUCCAUGUGCCCCGACCGGUAAACAUCGGGGCUCCGACGGAAGCGAGAAUCGGGUCCUAUAAAUCAACCAGGCGCCCACAAUUGUAUUUCCUUUAGCCCUAGCGCGAAACAGCCAGUCCCUUCCAUUCCAUCGACACAAUUUUUGCGGUUUUUUCAAAGCUCGCCUUCUUCUGCGUCCGAAUCUCCGCGUUUCUGCUCUCCUGCUUAGUCUCCGUCUCCGUUACCUGCAUUCUGAGGUAAGUUCGAAGCAAUUGACUUUCUACUGAGAGGCUUGUAUGGAUUGGAGCGGACUCUCGUAGCGUUUCUGCUGCCUUCGUUUCUUAUUUCUGAGCUGAUGCGCCUUAUACCGGUCGACUUUCACUGUACACCUCAGUGGCAGAAAGUUGUUCAAUGUGGGAUAGAGACUGGUGUAUGAUGCAGUGUUAGCUAGGUUAUGCUGUAAAAGAGAGCUAAAAUGGAGAUUAGGGUUUGCCUGUGUAGUGAAUUUUUUUUUUUGUUUGAAACUGGAAUUCAGUGAAUAUUUGGUUAUUUAGGUUGCUUCGGCAAAAUUAAAGCUGAAGAGUAGAAGUUAUCAACCUACAGUAGUAUUUCAUGGGCUUCCUAUUGUCGAAGAAUUGUGGUUCACACAGUAAGUUGAGUUAUAUUAUGUACAGGAGUAGGCAAUCGUAAGGUUCUAGUAAUUCCUUGCUGAUUCUAUAUCGUUCUUCAUCUCACAUGCAAUUGCCUUUUCAACAAGCUUUCCUAACUGUUGUUAAUUUGGUAUUGCUUGAGUUUCAGAAUCUCAAGCUGUUGUUAAUGACUUCGCGAAUCGUGUGUUCUGAUGCUUUACAGUUGUUGACGGUUCAUGUGCGAGGUCUCCUGCUGAAUUGGGGAGUUAAAGAAAAUGGACUUUGAUGAGUAUGACUACUUGGAGAAGACUGUUGAAAACCCUGAGCCUGAAAUGGUGAAGGAAACUGCUAAUGGAAGUGAGACGGUCAAAUCUGGAGAGAAGGAUCGUAGUCGGGGUUCGAAGCACAAAAGUGACGAGAGGGAGGAUGGUGGUGAUGAUGAAAACCAUCGCUCAAAGCGAUCAAAAUCAAGAGAUGAUACACGUGACAAUGAUCGUCACAGAGAAAGAGGUUCGUCCCAACACCGAUCUGGAUCUAGAGAUAGAGAGAAGGACCGCCACCGGAGUAGUCGUGAAAGCAGAGAUAAGGAGAAAGGCAGGGAUAGGGAGGAACACAAUGGGAAGGAUAGAGACCGAGAACGUGAGAGGGAUCGAGAUCGUGACAGGAAGGAACGUGACAGGGAGAGGGAGAAAGAGAGUGAAAAGGAGCGAUCGCAUCGAAGUGGGAGUCGAUCAGAAAGAGAGAAGAGUAAGGACAGGGAGCAUAGAGAAAGAGAAAGGGAUCGAGGUGAUUUUAAAGAACGUGAAAGAGAACCUAGAAGGAAGAAGGAAGAUGGUACUGAGCCGGAGGCUGACCCUGAGCGGGAUCAGAGGACUGUAUUUGCUUAUCAGAUAUGUUUAAAGGCUGAUGAAAGAGAUGUCUAUGAGUUCUUUUCAAGGGCUGGAAAGGUACGAGAUGUUCGACUCAUCAUGGAUCGGAAUUCAAGGCGGUCUAAGGGAGUCGGGUACAUUGAAUUCUAUGAUGUGAUGUCAGUUCCUAUGGCAAUUGCACUGUCCGGCCAGCCUCUUCGUGGCGUACCUGUGAUGGUGAAGCCCUCUGAAGCUGAAAAGAAUCUUGUUCAGUCGACCACAGCUGCUGUUGUCGGACCAGGUGGAGGGAUAGGUCCUUAUUCAGGAGGGGCUAGAAGGUUAUAUGUUGGCAACCUCCACUUCAACAUAACAGAAGAUCAACUUCGUCAGGUUUUUGAACCAUUUGGUGCUGUAGAGUUGGUUCAACUGCCUGUUGAUGAAACUGGACAUUGCAAAGGCUUUGGUUUUGUUCAGUUUGCACGUCUUGAAGAUGCUAGAAAUGCCCUUAAUUUGAACGGACAAGUGGAGAUUGCUGGUCGGCCUAUAAAGGUGUCAUCUGUCACUGAUCAAACUGGUCAAGAGGGUGGGACGAAUGCUGCUGAUUUUGAUGAUGAUGAAGGCGGUGGUUUGGCACUAAAUGCACGUUCUCGUGCAAUGUUGAUGCAAAAGUUAGAUCGCAGUGGCACUGCUGCAAGCAUUGGUGGGAAUCCGGCCAUUGGUACUGGGAUGACAUUACCUGCUGCACCCGCAUUGGGGCCUGGUGUGGUCCCUCAGACUGUUGCAUCUCUUCUACCAAAUGGGCUACCUGGUGCGGGUCUACAAAUCCCUGGUGCUGUGAUUCCUACAAUUGAUACGAUUGGUGUUCCGAGUGAAUGUUUAUUACUGAAGAAUAUGUUUGAUCCCCAAUCAGAGACGGAACCAGACUUUGAUUUAGAUAUCAAAGAAGAUGUUCAAGAGGAAUGCUCGAAGUUUGGAACCUUGAAGCACAUCUUUGUGGACAAGAAUACCAUGGGAUUCGUGUAUCUACGAUUUGAUAACACGCAGGCUGCAAUGAAUGCACAGCGCGCACUCCAUGGAAGGUGGUUUGCUGGGAAGAUGAUCACUGCAACAUACAUGGUGCCUCAGAUGUACCAACAGAAGUUCCCCGACAGCAACAGUUAGGAUGAUGGAUCUUAGUCUAGAUUGUGGAACACCAGCAGAUAGCUUGAAGCUCAUGGGUUCAAUCUUAAUGGUAACUGACCGACAGAACCCGGCAAUGAUAUUUGCCCCAAUAUGGGAGGGAAUGCAGGAUGGGUUGCUUAGUGUUCUGUUUUUGAGUUUUGGGGGAGGGUUGAUGGUUUUCGGAUUUAUUAUAGGAAAUUGCUGCAUAGUGAGAUGAUAUGAAGCAAUAGCUGUCCUACUGCAACCAAUGAUUGUUUUAUGUUGUAGGAUUUGUUGUGUAUUUUGAGUUACUAUAAUCCAUCAUGUGUAAUCUAUAUGUUUGGGUAUAUUUUUGGCACUGUCAGGUCCUAAAAAUCUAAACCAAUCUCAUGAGUUGCGAACUUCCGUUUUGUAAUGUAAAAAACGAUUAUUACAAAACCAAAUCAUCUUUCUCUUCUGCGAAUUUGUCUUCUCUCUAUAGCCAAAGUUUCAUUCAAUGCUUUUGUACAUUAAAUAAUCGUAUUAUAUUUCCUGUUUUGUAUAUGCAUGCAUUUACAUUGUUCCUGAUAAGGAUCUUUGUGGAUAAUUAUUGGACCUUCGAUGAUGCAAUUCAGUAGCGCAGCAAGUUUGUCCCUUCUAUGACUGUAAGAACAGAUUUCGCCAAACGAGAACUUUCCCAAUAUUUGUGAAAUCGUAUCAUAUACUCGUGAGAGCGCCAACUGUGUUGGUGAAGAUUCGGUGUAGUUACACAAGAGACUGUGUUCUACACCAGCUUCACUCAGCUUGAUAUGGUCUGCACUCUGCAUCUUUGCCGGUUGAACCCAGCUGGGUUCGAUUUACACAAUUUUGGCUUUUUCAUCAGCACAGUGGCUUGUGUAACCCAUGCCGCCACUGUCGUCACAGCUUUGAUCACCAUUGUCUCGAAAAAUUUCCUACUCUUACACACUCUUGUUUUUUUGUUGAAAAGGAAGCAUAGAGGGAAAGUGGGA